AUGGCACGCACAGCAACAGUCGAGCGCAAGACGAGCGAGACGCAGAUCACCUGCACCCUCGGUCUGGACACGGGCGGCGUGCACCCCGCGCAGGCCAUCAACGUGUCGACCGGCAUCGGCUUCCUCGACCACGUCAGUAUCGCCGCUUGGCUUGGCUUCUUCUUCAGGCCCCUGCUAACCAACCCCCUGCAGAUGCUCACCGCGCUCGCAAAGCACGGCGGCAUGUCUCUCGAGCUCAAGUGUAACGGUGACCUCCACAUCGACGACCACCACACGACCGAGGACGUCGGCCUUGCCCUCGGCGAGGCGUUCAAGAAGGCCCUCGGCGAGCGCAAGGGCAUCAAGCGCUACGGCUACGCGUACGCCCCUCUGGACGAGGCCCUCUCCCGCGCUGUUCUUGACAUCUCGUCCCGGCCGUACUUUGCCGGCGAGCUCCCCUUCACCCGCGAGAAGAUCGGAGACUUGUCCACCGAGAUGAUUCCCCACUUCCUCGAGUCGUUUGCGUUUGCCGGCGGCGUGACUCUGCACGUCGACUCGAUCCGCGGCGUCAACAACCACCACAUUGCCGAGUCGGCCUUCAAGGCGCUUGCCCUCGCCAUCCGCCAGGCUAUCACCGAGACGGGCUCAAACGACGUCCCGUCGACCAAGGGCGUGCUUGCGAUCUAA